AUGGAUGGGCUGGGAGAGCUGAAGGGCACCUUGGAGGAGGAGCAGUAUCAGGCAGAGCCCCAGGAUGGUUCCCACGAGGGCUUGGAUAGGCAAGGCAGCAUCACGUGUACACAGUGGGAGGGACUGCACGGUAGCCAGGGUGUUUGCCGGAAUUUGGGAGUACUGUCGAGGACAGAUGGGGCUUGGGACUUCUGGCUACCAUACAGAAGCAGGCCAUGCCAUUCUGCUUUCCUGCAGGUGGCAAGCCACCUGGAGGGCUUUGGAAGUCUUUAUCUGAUCCUCCAUGCGGUGGUCCUCGGCCUGCCCAGCGCCCGGGCCGCCGAGGACGCCUGCGCGAGCGCCUGCCCGGCCGCCUGCGUCUGCAGCAGCGUGGAGCGCGGCUGCUCGGUGCGCUGCGACCGCGCGGGCCUCUUGCGGGUGCCGGCCGAGUUCCCGUGCGAGGCGGCCUCCAUUGACCUGGACCGCAAUGGCCUGCGUUUCCUGGGCGAGCGGGCCUUCGGCACGCUGCCGUCGCUGCGCCGCCUGUCGCUGCGCCACAACAACCUGUCCUUCAUCACGCCUGGCGCCUUCAAGGGCCUGCCGCGCCUGGCCGAGCUGCGCCUGGCGCACAACGGCGAUCUGCGCUACCUGCACGUGCGCACCUUCGCCGCACUCGGCCGCCUGCGGCGCCUUGACCUGGCCGCCUGCCGCCUCUUCAGUGUGCCCGAGCGCCUCCUGGCCGAGCUGCCCGCCCUACGCGAGCUCGCCGCCUUCGACAACCUGUUCCGCCGCGUGCCCGGCGCUCUGCGUGGCCUAGCCAACCUGACGCAUGCGCACCUGGAGCGCAGCCGCAUCGAGGCCGUGGCCUCCAGCUCGCUGCUGGGUCUGCUCCGCCUGCGCUCGCUCAGCCUGCAGGCCAACCGCGUCCGUGCCGUGCACGGCGGCGCCUUCCGCGACUGCAGCGCCCUGGAGCACCUGCUGCUCAACGACAACCUGUUGGCCGCGCUGCCGGCCGACGCCUUCCUCGGCCUCCGCCGCCUGCGCACGCUCAACCUGGGCGGCAACGCGCUGGGCCGUGUGGCGCACGCCUGGUUCGCCGAGCUGGCUGAGCUCGAGCUGCUCUACUUGGACCGCAACCGCAUCGCCUUCGUGGAAGAGGGCGCCUUCCAGAACCUCUCGGGCCUCCUGGCCCUGCAUCUGAACGGCAACCAUCUCACCGUGCUCGCCUGGGCAGCCUUCCAGCCCGGUUUCUUCUUGGGCCGCCUCUUCCUCUUCCGCAACCCAUGGCGCUGCGACUGUCGCCUGGAGUGGCUGCAGGACUGGAUGGAGAGCUUUGGGCGCGCCGCGGACGUGCCGUGCGCCUCCCCGGGCUCCGUGGCUGGCUUGGACCUCCGCCAGGUGGCCUUUGCGCGUUCCGCCGACGGCCUCUGUGUGGACCCUGAGGAGCUGAACCUCACCGCGUCCAGUCCAGGCCCGUCCCCAGAGCCAGCGGCCACCACAGUGAGCAGGUUCAGCAGCCUCCUCUCCAAGCUGCUGGCCCCGAGGGCCCCGGUGGCGGAGGCGGCCAAUACCACUGAGGGGCCGGUCAACGCCUCGCUGUCUGACAGCCUUCCCUCCCGGGGGGUGGGCAGCUCGGGCCACAAGACACCGUUUCUCCUGGGCUCUGGUCUUUUGCUCAACGUGGCCCAGCACGUGGUGUUUGUCCUCCAGAUGGACUGA